AUGUUAAACAACAACACAUUUACGAACGCGACAAACAGCACAAAUGGCACUGGAGCUGGAGCUGGAGCUGGACCCCGACCUCCUCCUUUCCCCCAAGUUGACGUCGUUGCUAUGGUCUUCUUUUGCAUCCUUGCCUUGAUGAUUGUGUUUGGAAACUCGCUAGUUAUCGGUGCAUUUCGCGUUAACAGACGACUUCGCACGACAACCAAUCUGCUAUUGAUGUCCUUAGCCAUCGCUGAUUUGCUGAUCGGAACGGUCUCUGUGCCGCUAUGGGUUUAUAUAUCUGUGACAUAUACCUUUAGAGGUCCAUUGUAUGAUUUUUAUUUGAUUUUUGAUGUCAUCUGCAGCGUGUCUUCCAUCCUAAAUCUCACUGCCAUCAGCCUAGAGAGGUGUUAUGCUCUACUGCACCCGAUAAAGCAUCGAAACAUCAGAAAACGUAAGUCACAAUAUUCCUUACUUGUACUUCAGGGAGGCCGAGCGUUUAGAGCGCGGGACUUAAAAUUCGGUGGCUCCGAGUUCAAGUCCCGCCUUGACUACUAGCUGGGAAGCUAGUGGCACGCUUGUGAAAUAGCCAACUGGUUCGCCUCCUACCAGCUGGGAUUUUUAACAUGAUGUUAUGUUAGGUAAUUCCCUUGAAAUUUUUCUACUAUCAAACCUUUUUUGAAACUUGGUAUAAUCAACAUUCAUGAUAUGAACAUAACAAAAAUUCAAUAAAAAGAUUGGGUCACCUUGCUUGUUUACACGUCAGCAGACUCUUAAACUGGGGUAUUUUUACUGGUCGUGCAUUAAAAUUCGAAUCCCCUUCUUACAGAAUUAAGUCUUUGUUUCUUGAAACACACAAAAUUUUAUCUUGAACAUAAAGCGUCUCUUAUUCAAAUAAGCAGUAUUGCUUUAUUUAAUUCGUUUUUGAUUGGCUGGUUGUGGGGAUAUUGCUUUUUUCGGACAGUUCCGUGGUUAGCUUGAUGUCCUCGCCUUGACCCAAAUACACCAAAUACGAAAAUAUUUUCCCCCAAAAAAAUCAUGUUCUACUAUCAAACUUUUUUGUUUUUCAAAUAUGUUCUUUAUUAGACUAUUUUUAGCAAAAUACUUGGGGAAAAAAUCGAGGUUCACCGUGCUUGUUUCCUCAAAAACUGCUGUGAAAGGUGAACAUGGUUUUGAGAUCGCAGUCGGAAUGGAUAAUUUGCGCGACGGGGACUGGGGCGAGAUACAAAAUAACGCCCAUCGUUUUCGAAGUAUGCAUUAGAGAUCAAGCUUAUUUUCGGUUGUUUUUAUGUGUUUGAUAUAUAUCGCCAACACAGAAAUUCAAACUUGAAAAGAGUACAUUAAAUACCAAGGAAUGAGUAAUCAGUUCUUGUUGUGCAAAAAGAUGCUUUCCAAAAUACGAAUUUUUCUCGCUUAAAAUGUCAGCUUAAGCGACGAAAAAUUGACACACCUUCUUUGUAACGAUUUUCCAAGUUUCAGUCGACGAAGGAAUGGGUAAAUAAAGUAAACUUGUGGAGUUUUGAACUCGAAAACUUUUUCAAAUUCGUGCUUGCGUGAUCAGGGGGCGAAAAGUAAAACAUCUUGACGCCACAACCAUGUUUACAUACUCUCAUGCAAACACUCCUCUCGGCCAGUCAGAGCGCGCGUACUAUCUUAGUUAUUUUAUAAUAUUACAUACUAAACCGUCCAAUAAGUUAUGAGUCACCUUUUGACCAUUUGUCUAUUUGCUGUUUACAGGGUCUGUGGUAGCCAUAAUCGUCGUUGUAUGGAUUCUGUCGUCAUUAGCUGGAUCAAUGAUAGAAUUUCUACCCUUGGAACAAAAGAAAUUCUAUGGCAUAAUUGUAACUGUCGCAUUCUUCUUCACACCACUCAUCGUUAUUUUGGUAGCUUAUGGUACGAUCUUUCACAUAGCUAGAGCGCAUGCACGAGGCAGAGGCGUCAGUUCGUUCAAAAAGGUACUAUGCUAUGCUAUUGCUAUUGAUAGUCACGGGAAAUCUACCACUGGACCGCAGUCUGUAUGAUCAUUGUCAUGUCUACUUUUUCUCGACUGUACCCAGUGCUGAAUGCCAGUGAUNAGAAAUUCUAUGGCAUAAUUGUAACUGUCGCAUUCUUCUUCACACCACUCAUCGUUAUUUUGGUAGCUUAUGGUACGAUCUUUCACAUAGCUAGAGCGCAUGCACGAGGCAGAGGCGUCAGUUCGUUCAAAAAGGUACUAUGCUAUGCUAUUGCUAUUGAUAGUCACGGGAAAUCUACCACUGGACCGCAGUCUGUAUGAUCAUUGUCAUGUCUACUUUUUCUCGACUGUACCCAGUGCUGAAUGCCAGUGAUCAUAGUCCAUGUUUUGGUAAUAUGUUACAAUCUCAUGAAAAUUAUACCUAACGUUAUUAAGAAACAUAUAUACAGUCAAACCUGUAUUAUGCAGUCACCCUUUGGGAAUGGCUUACCGACCGCUUAAUACAGUUUGACGGUUUAAUACAACUUUGACAAACCUGAGAGUUGUUCAAGCAAAUAAAGAUGGUGAAAGAGCGAACCCGCGACAAAACUACCUCAAAGUGCCUCUACCUUUUCUUGUGCCAGAAAAGGAAGUAAGAGACCAGUAAACGCCAACAUUGUGCAUAUUGUCAAAGUGACCGUCUAAUAGUAACGUAACCGCCUAAUGGAGGUAACCGCUUAAUUCAUUUCAGAAGUUUUACAGUAACUGAGGGAAAUGAUUUCCGGGAUAUAGUCAAACCUCUUCUGACAGACAGCUCUAUUACUUACAGCUCACUUGCUCCCAAAGAUAGUACACUUCAUACAGUUCCUAUGGGUAUAAUAAUGGACACCUUAAUUGUGCGGACUUAUGACUUUGUCCCUUUGGUAUUCGCACCGUAAAGAAGUUUCCAUGCAUUCCCUGUGGAAGAUAUAAAGUAACUUAGCAUGAUAAAUACACUACACAAAUACAAGUUGUUAAAACUGUACAGGGACAGCAAAUCAAAACACUUCCAAAUACUCUAACCGCCCUCGUCGCAUCGCGUUCAUCAGUCGUCGGAUUUUGUCGACCACGUUAUCUUUCAUUACUUGACUAUUCAAUGACGCUUAAUAUUGGUGUUGAUUUUAGGCACGUGCACUAUCCCCCUUUAAUGUAGGGUCAACACUGUCAAAUCUCUACAAACAUUAGCAACAAACAGUUCUUAAUCAGUUUCAUGGAGUGACGUACACAUACACGUACACAUACAAUAUUACUAAUGAAAAAGAAACAUUACUAAUGACGGCUAACCAACAGUGGUGUGCGCAACACAAAGAAACGCACAUUGAACAGCGCAAUAUGAUAGUCACUUGACGGGAGACCACAAAAAAAAAACUAUAAAGAAGUACGACUGACAAAGACUAAGACAAAGUGAAUUUUCUCGUUGGUCAGAUAAUUUUCACUGACGCUUGUCUUCUGUUGUUGUUCUUGAUGUUUUUUUUCUUUGCUCUCUUUUUCUGCCUUCAAUCUUUUGAUUGAUCUGAAUUUUUGCACACAUGAGUAGAUUAUUUGUCGUUUUUACCAUUGAAAUGGACGUUCUUUUCACACCGUGUUUGGUAUGCUUUAAUGAUUUUAUUAUAAGCCACAAUUUAACGAUGUUGCUUUUGUUUCAGGAUUUGCGCAUUGCUACAACAGUAGCCGUAGUCAUUGGCCUUUUUGUCAUCUGCUGGACUCCAUUUUUUGGCUUCAACUUCGCGUUCGCGGUUUGUAUAGCCACACUGUUCAAGGGAGCUGGUUGUCCAGGCCUUAUGACUUUGCCAAAGUGGAUUUUUUCCGUAAGCAAGUGGCUUCAGUACGGGAAUUCGGUUUGUAAUCCCGUUAUUUAUGGCUUCCGCAACAAAGAUUUUCGGCGAGCGUUUCGAAAAAUUUUACUCGGAUUGUGCUGUAAAAAGGUGCGGCUGUCAGAUUACAGCAAGAGCGCGUACGGACGCACGGUACGAAGCGCUUACUUACGCCGAGAAUCAAGCUUUGAAAACUCGCGAUCAGUCAUUUUCCCUUCCAACGUACCGCUUGGAAUGUUUGACAUGCGGGACAGCUACCGUAAGGCGAUACAAAGCGGACGCAGCAAGCCGAUUAAGCUUAAAUUUACACCAAAGAAAAGUGUGGCAAAUGGUCUGCUAUCGAUAAACGUUGACGCCUUUCGCACUUCAAAUGAAUUUACUUCCAGUACGAGUGUCUGGACUUCGUCUUCCGAGGCUUCCGUCUCUCCAGCAGAGCUUUGUAACCCUGCCUUCGAGGAGGACGAUCAAACCGAUAUCUGCCCUAUUGAUCAAGCGAUACCAGUGAGAGAUUCUAACGAUAACAUCUCCUCAGAAUCAACUAAUUCUAUGUAUAAGAGAUCCUCAAAAGGGUCGGUGCAUAGCGACCGAGCCUAUAUUCGAUUUUCGGAUUCCAAGACCAAGGAAAAGGAUAGCGAACCCAAAACCGUUGCUAACCUUGGUUCUGCUUUGGACAGGAAAAGGUCAUUAUCGGAGAUAUUUUUACGUACGAGUAGUGCAAAAGACAGUCUCAAAAGAAAACUGCGGUCGUCAUUUUCUUAG